GGGACCUGCAUGCGGGAGGUGGCGGAGUCUCCCCGGGUUCCGACCUGGUCCCAGUCCCGGCACCCGGUCCCGCUCCCGGUCCGCACUUUUCCGCCGGUGCCUGUUGCGCUCCCUAUCUGUACCGUCCUGCCUGCGCUGCCCAGCCCGCCCCACACCGUCCUGCCGGGACCGGGACACAGGCUCCCAGCACCUCUCUGGCCCCCAUGGCUUGCCAAGAGAGUGAGUACCUGGAUGAGCAUGGGAAAUGCACCCCCUGCAGAAACUGCAUGCCCGGGCAGGAGCUUUCCAAGGACUGUGGUGAUGGCAGUGGGGGGGACGCGCAGUGCAUCGCCUGCCCUCCCAGGAAGUUCAAGGACAGCUGGGGUCACCAUGGCUGCAAGCCCUGCCUGUCCUGCACCCUCAUCAAUCGCCUCCAGAAGUCCAACUGCACAGCAACAACCAACGCAGUCUGUGGGGAGUGUCUGCCAGGGUUCUACCGGAAGGCACGGAUCAGUGGGCAGCUGGACUGGGAGUGCAUCCCUUGCACCAAGCAGACACCUACCUCUGAGCCUCAGUGUCGGUCCAGAGUAAACCUGGUGAAGGUCGCUGUCCCCACUGUACCACCACAGGACACUGCUCUCCUGGCCCUUGACCAGCAGUGCUGGUUCAUCAUCGUGCUGGUGCUUCUGGCCCUCUCCAUCAUCUACUGCAAGCGGUUUUGGAAGAGCCAGUGCCAGCGAGUCUUCCUGAGGACUCAGAACUUCUCAGGCCAGCGAGCGAUGUUCCCAACUGCGGCGACGCCCGGCAGAUUCCUGUGUGAGGAGCAGAUGUCUGGUCCCUGCUGCCUGGGCGUGAAGAACCUGAGCCCCUGCUACAGGCAGGCAGAAGGCCCCGUGGAAGCAGUACAGUUCAUCUCAGAUGGGGAAGCCGUGGGUCUCCAGCUCCCCUCUCUCCAGCCAGACAUGGAUGUGCCCCCGGCUGUGGCGGUCGGCACUGCCUCCAAAGCCCACCUGGGCAGGAGCCUGCUGGAGAGCCAGCCCCUCAUCCGAGCCUCAGGCCGUGGGGACUGCCUGGUGGGGGUCCUGCCACCCGCUGCCCCCCGGCAGGCCCAGCCAGAGGCCCUGGUGCCGCUCUCCUCCUGCGCCUCCGAGAUGCAGCACAAGUGGCCUCAUGCCCCGGUGGAGUGCACGGAGCUGGAUCUCCAGAAGUUCUCCAGCCAGGUGGAGUUUGUGGAGAGCGAGCGGCCAGAGGAGGCAGCGAGCCGGGCAGUGCAGAGGAUCCCGGCAGAGAGCAGGGGGCUGGGGCGGGACAGGGACCGGUGCCCACCCCCCACCUUCCCCAACCCCACUGCCGAGAGCCAGGAGCAGCCGGUGGAUGAUGCCCAGAGCCUCGUGACUCAGAUCAGCAGCACGGCCAAGGGUCUCCCAGUAGCAGAGCUGCCCCAUUCCCUGGUGCAGUCACUCGCCUUCUUGUUGGACCCUUCCUUGAAUGGUGUGAAGAACUUCAGCCACGUGGCACUGGAGCUGGGGGUGGCACCCCAGCUGCUGGGACGGAUAACGGGAUUUGAGCAGCUGGUUGCUCACUUCACCUGCUCUGGAGAGGCCGUCACCAUCCCACUUCUGGCCCAAGCUCUGCAGCGGCUCCAGCGCUUCGAUGCUUUGCUGCUGCUCUGUGACCACCUGGCACUCAGCCAGGCCCAGGGCCGUCAGCGCUAGCAAGGGAUGGAGGAAACUUCAGGCACUGCAGUACAGGAGAGGCUCCAGCAGCCCUGCAGUCACACAAUCUCUGGCGUGCACGUGGGGAACACGUGGAGGUGGACUUUGCAUCAUGGAGCAGGAGGAUGCGAGGGGGAGCAUCCAUCCACCCAUCCAUCCAUCCCUCUCUGGGGGGCUGCAGCCAUGCCUCCUCCCAGCCUCUAUGCAGGAGGUUUGUUUAAGCCCCUCUUUAGGCCAUUUCUCUCUGGCUGUGGUGGCCCCUGUGUCUCAGUGGGGUGCCAUGGGUGCCACCCAUGCUCUCAGUCUGUGGUGUCCCUGCCCCCCCAACACUCUUGGUGUGGGGCCCCUCAGCCAUGGGGCUUGGUCUCCACAGGCAGACACCCCCUUAUGGGCCCAGCCAUUACCUCCCUCCCAUUCCAGUUUCUCAUCCUUGACCAAACCCAUGCUCUGCUUUACCAGGUUUCCCAGUUUACUUUUUACUUUUAUCCAUGAGCACACAGGAGGCAGAGGCAGGGAGCUCCACUCCUCUCCCUCGGGGGGCAGCUGGGGCUGUGCCAGCACCGGGUGGCAGAGACAGCUUCUUUUAAAUUCAUCUUCUUUCUUCCCCUGCCCCCCAAGUGGCCUAAUUCUCUCAUUUCUGGGAGUAGUUACUGGGGAGGGGAGCACCCUUCUGCUUUUAAUUUUUUCCCAGAGGAUUUGUCAGAGCUUGCAGCAGUCCUGCCCUCGCCGGGUUUCCCGAUUUUGGGUGUUGUGUCCCAGGGCUGGUGGCUGCGAGUUGUCAAGCUGUUCUCCGGACUCUGUCCGCAGCCUGGGGGGACAUUUUGCCAGUGGCCACACAGAUGGGGCUGUGG